UGUCUGGAUCAUGCAGACUGACAUACAAGUAUGGUGCAAUAUAAUUUUAAGAAGAUAACAGUGGUACCCAAUGGGAAGGACUUCAUUGAUAUCAUCCUUUCUCGUACCCAACGACAAACGCCAACUGUUGUCCACAAGGGUUAUGCAAUUUCCCGCCUCCGCCAGUUUUACAUGCGGAAAGUAAAGUAUACCCAGCAGAAUUUUCAUGAGAAGCUCUCCACAAUGAUUGAUGAGUUCCCUCGCCUGGACGGUAUUCAUCCUUUCUAUGGUGACCUCCUCCAUGUACUGUACAACAAGGAUCACUACAAGCUUGCUCUUGGCCAAAUUAAUACUGCUAGGAACCUGAUUAGCAAGAUUGCAAAGGAUUAUGUAAAAUUGUUGAAAUACGGUGAUUCUUUGUACCGAUGCAAGUCACUUAAGGUUGCUGCUCUUGGACGUAUGUGUACUGUAAUAAAGAGAGUUAACCCUAGUUUGGCUUACCUAGAACAGAUCAGACAACACAUGGCAAGGCUGUCUUCAAUUGACCCGAAUACUAGAACAAUAUUGAUUUGUGGGUACCCCAAUGUUGGCAAGAGCUCAUUUAUGAACAAAAUUACCAGGGCGGAUGUGGAUGUUCAGCCUUAUGCUUUCACCACUAAGUCACUCUUUGUUGGUCAUACAGACUAUAAAUACCUACAGUACCAAGUGAUUGAUACCCCAGGAAUUUUGGACCGGCCAUUUGAAGAUCGCAACAUAAUUGAGAUGUGCAGUAUUACAGCUCUGGCCCAUCUGAGAGCUGCUAUAUUGUUCUUUUUGGAUAUUUCAGGGUCAUGUGGUUACAGCAUUGCUCAACAGGCAGCACUUUUUCACAGCAUAAAAUCUCUGUUUAUGAAUAAACCGUUGAUCAUUGUAUGCAACAAGACUGAUUUACAGCCACUAGAUGGUAUAUCCGAGGAAGAUAGGAAUCUGGUCAUGGAGAUGAAAGCUGAAGCUAUGAAAACUGUGAUGGGUCAGGGAGGUGAGGCUACAUGCGAAGGAGGGGUUCUAUUGACAAUGAGCACUUUCACUGAAGAGGGGGUUAUUGCAGUAAAGAAUGCUGCUUGCGAGAGGUUGUUGGACCAGAGGGUAGAACUAAAGAUGAAAUCCAAAAAGAUAAAUGACGCCCUAAAUAGGUUUCAUGUUGCUAUGCCAAAACCUCGUGACCAGAAAGAACGGCAAGCUUUUAUCCCACAGGCCGUUUUGGAGGCAAAAGCUAAGCAAGCAAUUGAGGUUGAAAAGAGGAAAACUGAGAAAGAUUGGGAGAAUGGUGGUGCUGGUGUUUAUUCUGCUAGUUUGAGGAAGAAUUAUAUCUUGGCUGAUGAUGAAUGGAAGGAAGAUAUAAUGCCUGAAAUUUUGGAUGGUCAUAAUGUGUAUGACUUCAUUGACCCUGAUAUUUUGUUCAGGCUUGAGGAAUUGGAGCGAGAAGAAGGUGUUUGGCAGGCAGAGGAGGAAGAUGAUGAUUUUGAAAUAGAUGCUGUGGAAUUGACACCGGAAGAGGAAGAAGCACUGGCAGAGAUUAGGAAAAAGAAAAGUUUGCUAAUUCAAGAGCACAGGAUUAAGAAAAGCACUGCCCAGAACCGGCCCACUGUGCCGAGGAAGUUUGACAAGCACGGUAAGUUUACCACAGUGAGAAUGGGCAGGCAGCUAUCAGCGUUGGGGCUGGAUCCUUCAUUGGCAAUUAGUCGAGCUCGCAGUAGGUCGGGGCGGAAAAGAGAGAGAUCACCUGAGAGGCAAAAUAAUCAUGAUGGUGAUAGUAUGGAUGUCGAUAUGGGCCAACAGAACAAGAAGCUGCGAAUGAGGUCCAGAUCACUGUCAAGGUCAAGGUCAAGGUCAAGACCUCCAAAUGAAGUUGUCCCUGGAGAAGGCUUCAAAGACUCUGCUCAAAAGGUCAAA